CAGAGCCUCGGGUGCGGCCGCGUGCUGCAUAUCAGCACGAGCUCCUCGUGAGGUUUCGUGCUCGUAUUAGAGUUUCUCCUUUUAUCGAGGACACGCCGCCCGGUCACCGGCAUUUUCAGGUCACGUUAGUUUUAACCGGGCGACACGGGAAACGACACAGGGCGAUGCAGCAUCAACAAGUAUUGCGUUCCUACUGUUUGUAGGGAGCCGCCGUUCAGGCCAACUUCAACGGCGGAGUUUACACGCUUUUUUUUUCGGGAGAACAUCACACUUUGCUGGAUGUUUUAAUUGUGAUAGGCUAGAUGCAACCGGCUAAUUUUACACAACUAUGCAACGGAUCACGAAAAAAAAAUAAGUUGCUCGAUUUGUGUAUCCGAGGAUAACGGGGACCGUGUUUUGGUGAUCAAAUCUCAGGUUCCGGUUUGAUUUCGGAUACACUGUUGCAGUGAGGAGAAGCUUGUGUGUUUAUCACAUAGCAGCGGAGUUGGUGUGCAGCUGUCCCGGGCGCGGAGAGAUGUCAGUCCGCAGCUCGCGACGGUCACUGAGAACCGUAACUACGGUUUUGAUCCUGCUGUUUGUCAUCAAUGCUGGAACAGCUGCUGAGGAUGAGGAUUUCAGCGCAGAGUCCUGGCUGAGGAUGUAUGGCUACUUGUCCCAGGCGAGUAGACAGAUGUCCACUAUGCAGUCAUCUCAGAUGCUUUCUAGUGCCGUUAAAGAUAUGCAGCGCUUUUAUGGCCUGGAGGUUACUGGACAAAUGGACACGGCCACUAUGAAAGCUAUGAAAAGACCUCGCUGUGGAGUGCCUGAUCGUUUUGAGGAGUUAACCGAAGGAGCAUCACGACGCAAACGUUACGCCCUUACCGGCCACAAGUGGGAUGAGGAAAAGCUCACCUACAGUAUUCAGAACCACUCACCAAAGGUUGGCCGGGAGCAGACGUACGAGGCUAUUCGCAGAGCCUUUCAGGUUUGGCAGAAGGUUACGCCUCUGCGGUUUGAGGAGGUCCCGUACCACGAGAUAAAAAAUGGAAGCGAAGGACCUGACAUAAUAAUACUGUUUGCAUCUGGAUAUCAUGGGGAUAUGUCGCUCUUCGAUGGGGAAGGAGGUUCUCUAGCACAUGCUUUUUUCCCUGGUCCUGGCAUGGGAGGCGACACACAUUUCGACACAGACGAACCAUGGACCCUAAACCAACCGGACGGCUCUGGAGUUGACUUGUUUCUGGUCGCCGUUCAUGAGCUGGGUCAUGCGUUGGGGUUGGAGCACUCCGGUGACCCUUCGGCCAUCAUGGCGCCGUUUUACCAAUGGAUGGACACCAAUCACUUCUCAUUGGCUGAGGAUGACAUCAAUGGCAUUCACCAGAUCUACGGACCUCCAGAGAUUGUAACCACUCAAGCAAUGACCACCACAACCCUUCUUACAACCACUGCUGAACCCACCACCACGGUGGCCCAUCCAAGAACAUCCAGACCCUCAAUGCGCCCCACCAAACCAUGGGUCCCUCCGGUCAACCCCACCAGGAGGACUUACAGACCCCAGCCGACAGCACGAUCAGAUCAGGAUGCACCUGACAUCUGCGAGGGGGACUUUGACACGGUCACCAUGCUACGAGGGGAGAUGUUUGUCUUUAAGGGUCGUUGGUUCUGGAGGGUUAGGAGGAACCGUGUUCUGGAUAAUUACCCGAUGCCUAUCUCCUUCUUUUGGACGGGGCUUCCUGAGGACAUAGAUGCUGCAUACGAACGACACGAUGGGAAAUUUGUCUUCUUUAAAGGAAAUAAAUACUGGCUUUUCAGAGAGGCAGACGUGGAGCCUGGAUACCCCCAGGACUUGUUUCGUUACGGUCAGGGAAUGCCCGACAGAGUGGACGCGGCUGUGUGGUGGGAACCAUCUGGCUAUACAUACUACUUCAGUGGAGACAGAUAUUGGCGGUUUAGUGAAGAAUCCCGUGCCAUGGAUAAAGACUACCCCAAACCAGUGAGUGUGUGGGGGGCCGUUCCUGGCUCGCCGAAAGGGGUGUUUCUCAGCGAUGAUGGAGUGUUCACUUACUUCUACAAAGACACCAAAUAUUGGAGAUUCGAUAACAGGCGAAUGAAAGUAGACUCUGGAUAUCCCAGGUCGAUCCUGAACGAUUUCAUGGGCUGCCGAGUGCACUUUGAAGCAGAACCAGAAGUAAAACCCGACAACAGGCAGCCAGACACCACAAACAAAGAUCAAGACUCUGACGACUACAAAAGCGAUGACGACCAGGAUGACGCUGAUAACAAAAAUGACGACGAGAAAGAGGAGGUAGACGUUGUUCUGAGGGUGAAUAACACCGACGAGCACAUCAUGACGCUCAUCUUGGUGACUGUGCCUUUGGUGCUGGUCCUGUGCAUUCUGGGAGUUAUCUAUGUCAUCAUCACCACGCUUCAGAAAAAAGACACACCGAAAGCGUUAGUGCACUGCAAAAGAUCCCUGCAGCAAUGGGUCUGAUUUUCGAUGACACGCGUUAGGUCUUUGAAACAUAGUGUGCGUUGUCAAUGUGAGUUUGAAGAAACGUACUUCAGAGAUUCAUUCAGCCAAAAAUGACGCCACUUGUUAGGUCGAUUUCAGUUAGGAUCUAAACUAGCUGACUAAAAGAGAGACGCCUACGUAGGUAGUAAGCAGCUAGGCAGCUCACUAGUCUUGGCAACAGAGCCACGUUCACUGCCUUAUAUUAUGCACAUAUGAUUUUUAAGAGAUGUCUUGUCGUUUAUGGUGCUCAAACCCAAAACUUUAUCGUUUAACUAAAUUUGCACUUUUGAUAGCAUUACGAUUUUUUUAAGUGGUCACGUUGUGGUUCUUCUGUGUUGUGUGUGGUUUGUGUGUUUUCCUCUUGAGCUCAGAUGUUUUUCACUGUGGGAAGCUUUGGAUGUAUUCGAAAAAAGCAUAAGUCAGCGAAUUUCUUUCGUAUCCUCUCUAUUUCCGAUGUCGAGGACGUGCAGACAGCAGAGGGUUAAAAGAAAAGCGAGGCUUAAUAGAUCGUCUCGCACACAUUGGAGAGGGUUUAUACGGUCUCUUCCCUGUGGAGCCCGGCCUGGCUUGCAUUACACAGAUGUUGCUGAUUUUCGACUUUAUGUUGAGAAGAAAUAAGAUGGGGGAUGGGGGCUUGAGCCAGCCAGCAUUUCCUCUGCUUGAGUUCCAUUGAGCGUGCCAAAGCAAAGGAGAAGGGGGGAUAAAUCGGAGGCAUGGCUUUACUGUCAUCGUGACCUACAUUAGUCUUUCUCCAAUACCCCCCCCAAGACAAGUUUCUCUUCCUAGGGGACUUUACUUUGUUUCACAAACUUUAAACAGCAGUCUCCCCCAACUCUAAAGUCUUUGUUUAUGAGAAACAUUCCUGACUUUGGGAUUCUGUCCAUCAGUGCCUUUCAAGGGUGCCUCCAUUGUGCCACUAAACGGUGUUGAAAAUGUACUGCUUUGUUUUCACCUCUAUGAGCCCAAGGCUUUUCCUAGCACUCAAACAAACUUUGUGCAGUUUCAGCAAAAAAUGCAGAGAAACUUUAUUUUGUGUUUAAGUCUACACGCUUUAAAAGGAAUUGUUCAUCCAAAAUAUGAUAUUUUUUCAUCCUCGUGUCAUUCCAGCACAAGUUGAGUUUUCCCCCAGAAGAAAUAAAGUUUUCUAAGACGAGAGUGAGUACAUGACAUGUUUAAGCUUAGGGUGAACUAUUUCUUUAACAUUUCAAACCUGUGUCUUGUGUAUCAUGUCAAUAUGAAUGUGUUUGUUUUCUUUGAAUUGUUAAGAGUUACGAAACUCUAGCAACCGUCAAUUGUGUUUAAUUUGAUUUCAGAUAUGUGCGUCGUUUUUAUUAACAAUCGAGUGAAUCAUGCAGGGCAUGUAUUGCUUUUGUCCACAGAUAUUAUCGAGUAUGUAGCUUGCUCACAAUAAAUGGAGUAUACAGA